CACAGAUUUUUAGUUAUGUAACAGCACUGCACUGCAAAACUGCCACCACCUACACACUAAGAGCAAUAUCGCUGAAAAGCGAACACACUCCCAAGAGCACAAUAGGAUCUUUGUAUGCAACCAACCUUUGGCUUCUGUGUGACUGAUGACUGUUCAAGUCAACUCCACCUUCAGCACAGCACGAAGCCUGAUCGCCCAUCUUUUCCUCCUCUGCUCACCAUCUUUCAACUGAUAGAAAAGGAAGAUAACCUUUUGUGUGCCUGUGUGUGGAGGAAUCCAGGGUAAAGAAACCCAUAAAAUUUAAGAGGGGGAUAAAGCUUUGUGGUGAGAAUGGGUCUUGUGAGUGCUAAACAGUUUAAAGUCAAACAAGCCCAGGUCCUAAUGCUUGGGCUUGAUUCAGCAGGAAAAUCCACACUCUUGUACAAGCUCAAGUUUAACGAUGUAUUCCUAACAUUGCCAACUAUUGGUUUCAAUGUGGAGAUGAUUGAAACGGAAGAAAACAUUGCCUUAACUAUCUGGGAUGUUGGAGGACAACACAAAAUGAGGACUGCUUGGGACAACUAUUUGGAAAAUAUCGAUGGCCUGGUUUAUGUUGUGGAUAGCACAGACAAGCAACGCUUGGAAGAGUCAAAGAAAGAACUAGAGCUUAUUUUGAGGAAUGACAACAUUAAAAAUGUGCCCGUGGUUGUACUAGCAAACAAGCAGGAUCUUCCUGGAGCUCUAGAUGCUGUGGAAAUAACCAGGAGACUCAAUAUGAAAAAGCACUGUCAUGAUCGAAACUGGUAUGUACAGCCUUGUUGUGCAAUUACUGGAGAAGGCCUGUCACAAGCUCUGCGGAAAGUAACAUCAUUUGCAAAAUCCUGCAUGAAAUCUAAGCAAGAAGCUUUUACUAUUUUCAAGCAAGAUUAAUGUAUACUGUACUAAUCUGACCAAGGCAGCAGACUAUGCAUAAUGGCUGUGACAGAAAGUCAGUCUGUUAAGUCAAUCUGAUACUGCAAUCUGUUUUUCAGAUUUUUUUAUAAAGAUAGAACAGAUUUAUGACAAGCCAAUAUGUUGUUUCACUCUUCUGCAGUACUUUUCAAAAAUAUAUUUUACUGCAUUUUAAAGAACUAUGACUGUUUUAAGUUUUGAACAUGUGUAGUUCCAAAACUACAUAAAAACAGAUUUGCCUAUGCUCCUGAAUUUAUAAAUAGCUGGCAUUCAUUUUAUAGCCAACAAUAUGCAUCUAAUAUGAUGAAUGUUCUGCUCAAGAAAAAUGGUACAAUACUAUUCAUUUAAAAAUUGUCUGAUCGUUUGGAAUCCUUGUUAUUGUAAAUGAAUGACAGUGAAAUUAAUUUAGACUUAUACCAAUCUUAUGAUGUAUGUUAGCAUAUCUGUCAACAGCAGCAUCACAUUGACAAUAUAUGCAAUGUAUUCGAGUAUAAACUAUAUAAUACUUGUCAGAAGCUAAUUUCUGUUUUUUAAAAAUCAAAACACCAAAAAAGUACAAGUUUGACAACUAUAACAAAACUCCACCAUGAUUCCUGUUAUAUCUAAAAUUCUAAAACUAAAUAGGGACCCAAAAAUGUUUCUUUAUAACCUUCACUUAUUAUAUAAAACUAGGUUAACUAUGAAAUAAGUAUCCUUUAACCAUUCAUUCACCCACAGCUCAAUUAUUCUUCCAAGGUUUGUUAUAACUUAUCUAGUUGCUGCAGUUAAAUUCAACAGACAUUCUGCAUUCUUCAUUGGGACAGCACACUUUUGCUGUUCCCAAUAAAAGCUAUUUUAUAUAUGUAUCCCACUUCUCAGCCAAAAGUUGACUCCCAAAGUGGGUCAACACCAGUGUUCUCUCCAAUUUUUUCUCAUCUGUGUGCGGGAAUGAAUUUUGUUCUGGGCUGCAGGAUCAGGGCAGUGUGUGCACACGUGCAUUAAGAGUGGGUCCUUCUUGAUUCAACCUGAGUGGGAUCUAAAAUGAACUGAGCAGACAUCAAAAAAUGUGUGAGUGCAUGCACACAUGCACACCUUAGAGGGAACACUGCUCAACACCACGGGCUGCACGUCAGUAAGACAUAAGGGAGACAAAUGUCUCCUGGCCCACAAUCUCUGAGGAGCCCCCAACAGAGCCAGCUUGAAGGGCAAAAUAGCACCGGCUGGGGCACAGUCGCCAUCAUUAUCUCACUGUCAGAAAGACAGACAGAAAAGAAGAACAGCCCUGCUGGAUCAGGCCCAAGGCCUAUCUAGUCCAGCAUACUAUUUCACACAGUGGCCCACCAGAUGCCACUGGAAGCCACAGGCAGGAGUUGAGGGCAUGCCCUCCCUCCUGCUGUUACUCCCCUGAAACUGGUACUUAGAGGCAUCCUACCUUUGAGGCUGGAGGUGGCCUAUAGCCCUCUGACUAGCAGCCGAUGACAGACCUCUCAUUCAUGAAAUAAUCCAAACCCCUCUUAAAGCCAUCCAAGUUGUUGACUGUCACCACAUCUUGUGGCUGAGAAGUCCACAAGUUGAUUAUGCGUUGUGUGAAAAAGUACUUCCAUUUGUUGGACCUAAAUUUCCUGGCAAUCAAUUUCAUGGGAUGACCCCUGGUUCUAGUUUUAUGUGAGAGGGAGAAAAAUUUCUCUCUAUCCACUUUCUCCACACCAUGCAUGAUUUUAUAGACCUCUCUCAUGUCUCCCUACAAUUUUCUUUUUUCUAAACUAAAUAGCCCCAGUUGUUGUAGCCUUGCCUCUUAAGAAAGGUGCUCUAGGCCCCUGAUCACCUUGGUUGCCCUCUUCUGCACCUUUUCCACUACUAUAAUGUCCUUUUUUAGAUGUGGUGACCAGAAUUGUACACAAUACUCCAGGUGUGGCCGCACCAUCGUUUUGUAUAAGGGCAUUAUAACAUUAGCCGUUUUAUUUUCAAUCCCCUUCCUAAUGAUCCCUAGCAUGGAAUUGGCCUUUUUCACAGUUGCCGCACAUUGAGUUGACACUUUCAACAAGCUGUCCACCACAACCCCAAGAUCCUUCUCAUGGUCAGCCACAGACAGCUCAGAUCCCAUCAACGUAUACUUGAAGAUGGGGUUUUUUAUCCCAGUGUGCAUCACUUUACACUUGCCAACCUUGAAGCACACUUGCCAUUUUGUUGCCCACUCACCCAGUUUGGAGAGAUCCUUUUGGAGCUCCUCACAAUACAUUUUGGAUUUCACUAUCCAAAAGAGUUUGGUAUCAUCUGCAAAUUUGGGCACCUCGCUGCUUACCCCUACUUCUAGAUCAUUUAUGAAUAAAUUAAAAAUCAUCGGUCCUCGUACAGAUCCCUGAGGGACCCCACUUCUUACUUUCUUCCAUUGUGAAAACUCUCCAUUUAUACCUACCCUCUGUUUCCUGUCCUUCAACCAAUUAGCAAUCCACACAUGUACUUGUCCCCUUAUCCCAUGACUGCUAAGUUUCCUCAAGAAUCCUUGAUGAGGAACUCUGUCGAAAGCUUUUUGUAAGUCCAGGUAUACUAUGUCAACUUGAUCGCCUUGAUCCACACACUUGUUGACACUCUCAAAGGACUCCAAAGGGUUGGUGAGGCAUGAUUUACCUUAGCAGAAGCCAUUCUGGUUCUCUGAAAACUGUCAGUUUUCAGACAGUUGUCUUGGAUAUUUUCCAUCAGAUCUACACAAAAUUUGGAAAUGUGGUAACGCUUAUCACCUUACUGUGUGCCAAAUUUCAAUAGGAUUGGAUGGAUGUAGGGUUUUGACCAAGAGAGUGUUCUGGCUUUACAGUGACAAAAUGUUUUUAAUCCUCACCUUAACAAUAAAGACACUACCAUGACUAUGUAAUUAUCAUGAAAACCAAUGGGAGUUGUACAAAAUAAUGAGCUAAACCUAUUCCAGGAACAAAGAGUGCUUAUAUAGAUGCAUAUUUGUAUUUGGCAAGUUUUCAAACCUGGGUUUUAUGUUUGAGAUGGCCAAUUUAAUUUUGGACUCCAAGUUAUUUUCACUAGGCAUUUAUUUGUUACAGCAGCAACUACUGAAAACUCUGAUUCACACAUGAAGAAAUCAAGUACAGGGAGUUCGUCUUUUCAUGACUCUCACACUUAAUUAUUUGUAUUCUGCUUGCACACUAAUCCAAAAUUCAGGAAGUGACACUGUCAAGAACUUAAGGCAAAGAGCUGCUCAGACUUCUCUGAGGCACAGGGAGGCAGAUGGGGACAGGAACUGAAAGCCACCUGGCUGCGCCAGUGUUCACAAAGCCAAGGACAGGCACAGCAAUGGAACUUCUUUGGCCACUUGGUAGAUGACCUCUAGUAAGUGUUUUCUGAGACAGAACUCUCUCUCCAUGCCCUCUAGCCACAGAAGUGUCACUGCUGUGCCUGCUCUUGGCUUACUGAGCAGUGAAAGAAUCAGGGGAGCACCAAGGUAAUUUGGGUGCCCGGAUCACCCAGCCACAAGGGCCCCCAUGGGCAAGCCCCCCCAAUCUCCUUUAGUUUAGAGAUCAUCGCAAGCCUGUGACGUUAUGGGCUUGUGUCGAUCACAACCAUGCAGGCGUGCCUCGCAGUUACUUAAAUACACUGGCCCAAACAGAUGGGGCCAGCGUCUCUACUAAUCCCACCCCACAGCCGAUGGGGGGAGAAGGGGAAAGGGCUGCUUCACAGCCACCCCUCAGCUGCAAUAAGACUUUUUUUUUUUUAAAGCGGAGCUUUGGUGGGGUGGGCACAGGGUGGUUGAGCUGCUGGAGGCUCCCAGCCCAGGCCAUUUGGAGGCAACCCUGGAGGACCAGACCGGGUCCCCAAGGUCUGGGGGUUAGUGAACCUCUGGGAGGAACUAAGUAGUUGUUGGCUUCUGUCUGUCCCCAUCGUUUUUGACCAUCUCCACACCUUGAACAUUUUAGAAGUGCCUAUCCUCCUGACAGCUUCCUCUUGAGUUGUUUAGGAUGAAUUAGGAUGUCUGUGAAUAAGCAUAUUUGUCAAGAAGGAAGCUGCACUGAACUCAGUGAGACUGAAACAAGACGACACCAACACCAAACCAAACCAACUUAGCACCCUCCCACACACCUGAAGAACAGCCAGAUGCUAACAAAUAACUCUCACAAACACGCCCAUGAUCAACAAAGGAAACUGUUGGCAUGGGAAGCAGCAAGGCCACCUCCCAUGCACUCCAACAGGGGCAGAGUGAGCAGAGAAAGGCUAGGAGGUAGGCAGAAGGCAGGUUUUCCACCUUCAAAUGGGCCAACAUGUCUCUUCUGUGGUUGGACAACAGCAGUACGUAUAUGUUGGGAAGAACAAAUCAACUGAUGACCCAGAAAUUUAACUCCCAACAGGAAGUAGGAAACUAAGGCAGAGAGGAGAAAGUAAUUAGAGGCAGGCUCUAUUCCAGAAUUAACCCCCAAUCUACCCAGAAAGAAAGAGAGAAUACAUCAGGACUUCCUAAGGGAAGAAGAGUUUGUGCUCAAGAAUGAGAAUGCAAAAGCAUUAGGGCGUUCCUCUUCUUGUAUAAAAGUUUAUUUCAUUUGGCUCCUUAUUAAAGGUAGCAACUUCACCCUGUAGCUGGGAUUGAAAGGCUACUAAUAUCUAAUGCUUGGGCUUUAGAUAUCAAUUUAUAUGGCUCAUAUAAAUGGUGCCACAUCAUUUAUGAGAGAACCCCGCUCCCCAAUGUUCCUGAGGCUUAGACUGAACUGUUGGUUCAUAUAGAAAGCAAUGCUCCAUGAAACCAGGGAUGACUUCAAGGGGUUGCAAGUGCUCCCCCUGCUCCCCUCCCCCAAAUAAAAAAAUCCCUUUUCACUCCCCCAUCCACCAGACUGGAACUUUACAGCAAAGUGUCAGACUUUAGAGAGCGCCUUCUUCGCUAUGAUCCCCAUCGCUCAUUGAGGUCAUCUGGAGAUAUCCGUCUCCAGUUACCACCGAUACGUCUGGUGGCGACUUGGAACCGGGCCUUUUCUGUAGCUGCUCCUGGCCUAUGGAAUGCACUCCCGGCAGAUAUAUGCCAUUUAGGCUUGCUGUCGGCCUUUAAGAGAGCCCUAAAAACUUACUUGUUUGGCCUGGCCUUCCAAGGUCUUUACAUUGUUUUUAAAGUAUUUUAUUUUAAUUAGUUUUAAAUGGGUUUUAAUUGUUGUUGUUUUAAACACUGUGCCUUAAAUGGUGUGCGUGUUUAUGUCUUUUUAUGUUUGUUGUACACUGCCCAGAGCCUUUGGAUGGGGCGGUUUAUAAAUGUAAUAAAUAAUAUUAAAUACAGUUCUAUAUUAUGGUGCUAUAGUUUGAAUUAAUUAUUUCAAAAGGCCUCCAUUGUUUAAACAAACCACUUUCACUUACUCCCCUAUCCCAGUGAAAGCAGCAGGAACCGAUGCAGCCAGGUAGGCAAGAGAUUCCUUCAGCCUUCCAGGAGUUAGGCCAAGCUCUUGGCCACGAACUGCACCCCAGUGAGACCAUAUGCGUGGGGGUGGCGGAAUAUAGGGUCAUCUCCUCUGCAGAUUUCAGCUGGCCUGGUACUGGCCUCUCUCCCUCAGAGACUCUCUCUCCCAGACUUUCCUGCCACAUGGACUUGGACAGGAAAAGAAAACUAGCCUGGAGAGCAGACUAGAAGGUUUGGCCUGAUUCCAAAGAGUCAGUAUUUUCUGAAUAAGUUUGAAAGUGUCAAGCAAGCUUCACCAAUACGAUAAAUAAACUAACAGUACUUACUUAUCUCUGUAAGUGUUUUAUGUAUAGCAAAACCCUCACUCUUCUAUUAAAGGAAUUCUUCGUCAUCCCUUUGCUCCCCAACACUAAUUGUUCUAGAGUCACCCCUGCAGACAAUGCAAAAUUCACUUCUAUCUUCCUUUCGCACAAUCCCCCAGGCUUCUCAAAAGAUCCUUGCCAAGGGUUGAGGAAUUCUUGAUAACAACUUGGGGUGGUGUGCCACAAGGCUAGCGAAGGGAGUCGGGCAGGAACAACUGCUCUGCAAGGGGAGCACCCCUUUCCCUGCAACUUCUCAUGCUACAGCCCCUGCCUUUCAGAUGGCUGCCCAAGUAUGAGGAAAUGAUUGUGUUGAUUCUGCAUUCUGCUGGCAUUGCUGUGUAUGCGAGUCAUUGCAGUCAGGAAUAGAGCAUCUGUACCCUGCAUACCUUCUUAGCCUUAAGGUCCCCAUAUCUCAAGAGCCUCAUGCCUUUCUUUUUCUCCUUGCUGUCUAACCGGCCUUCUGCUUCUCAAAAUAAUCGUACUAAACUCAAAAUAUUACAAUCAGAUCAAACUAUUCAAAUAAGCCACAUUUUCACAACAUCAGUCACAAGUCAGCUAAAGUUAGGAUAUUCAGCCAGAGCAGAAUUUAAAAAAAAAAGCUUGCAAUGUAUUAUCUUUACAACAAUAUGAAAGGUUAUACUGAAAAUAGGUUGGACAAAAAGUGUCUUUAACAAACCCAUAUUUUUCCAGAAGUGGGGGCAGAGUAUAUUUUCUCAAAUGCGUCACCAUCACCUGCUUCAUAUCCUCAUACAACCCCAAAAUUACAGGUAACAAUUACAGUUAGUACAAAAUUCCAUUAGACAAACUGGGCAAACAAAUAUCCUUAUGAAACACUUCUAUGAAAUUAUAGGCUUUCAAGAGCCACCUGGUGGCUCAUUAAAAUAACUGCAACUGGACACAAAAAAGAAAGGUUGGUUUGAAAUACUAAAUGUAUGUAAGCUAUAUUUUAGUGUUUAGAGAGACUAGAAUCUUGCAAAACAAGCACUGAAAUAUUAGAAUGGAUCCUAAAUUACUCUUGCACAGAUGGAAGGCACUGCCACCCGCAGGAGUCGGGUGGGGGGAAAUUCACCAAUUCCCCCUUGCCCUUCAGUGUUCCAUACCCCACAUCAUUCCCUUCCAAAUGAUAUGGGGGAGUCCCACAGAUGUCCUGUGGUGAGGAAAGGACUGGGACAUUUACGUGCAUAAGCUUCCUUACACCCACCCUCCUUAGAAUAAAACUGAUUGUUCAUUAAAUAUAUUCAUAGCUGCAUACAGUGUUUUUCAUAAAUAUUAAUAGUCUUGUCCCAAGAUAAAUGGGGAAGAGGGCUUUUUGCAAAGCAAACUAGCAGGUUCACUGGUUAUUCGGGGGGGGGGGGUUGGUGAGCACACGGGAGAUUGGGACCAGCUGUCCUGCUGGCUAAAAAAGUGACGCUUAGGCCCAUGUCUAAAAUGGCUGGUUUGCAAGAAACUGAAGUGUGAACUUUGCUUCUGUGAGCCAAGGUAACUGAAACAGAAUUGUUUUUUCUGCAGUCAAGGCCUGAGGAGCAGGGAAAUUUAUCCCGUCCUGCCUUGGAGUAUGUUUAUGCAUUGUGCUAUGCAGAUGCCAAUCAUGAGAAUGAACUUGAAAUUUGCUAUGUUAAUCAUAUUUAGAAGGUCUUAGGAAACCACAUUUUAGAUGAUCAGUACCUACAUAUUAUAGGGGUACGUAUCUUUACACAAUAAUUGUUGAAUUGCUCUACAUGCUGACUCCUAACAACAUUCUUACAUGCUAUCUCCUAAUAACAUGUCCUACAUGCUAUCCUGUAAUAACAUUUCUUGGAACUAAAAGGCACCAACCAAGCUUGGAGAAGUGACCACAGACCAGUCAAAGCUGGGCACAAACAGGGUUGUUUCCUUUUUGGAUUCAGUAAACAAUAGGCCUGGACCCCACCAUGCAAGGAUGGGAGACCAGAGAUUGAUUACAUUAAGGAUGGAGACUUAAGAAUUAUGAGGCUGUCUUUGAUCUGAGCUAUGACAAGGAGGCUGAGGAGAAGUUAUAGAAGGGGGCACGCCCCUCCCAUGGGAAAAGAACAAGCAGGGAAGAACGAACAAGCAAGCCAGAAAGACAUGUUCUCCUAAGGAGUGGAUGUCUGCUCCUGCCUCUGGGAGUAAUAUGUAAACCUUAGGCUGUGGAAAGCAACCUGUACUCCCUAGCCAUUCCUGGGCCCUUCACCUGAGCUGCCUGGACAGCCUCCAGCCUCCUGACCAAGAUACAGCCAGCGCCAACCGGUAAAUUUUUAUCUACAACACUGCCUAAAAGAAUGCCUUCCUCCCAGACUAAUAUACCUUUCUCAUCUUGUCUCCUCUCCUUUCAAUCUCUGUCUUCUCUGCUUCCCAGGAAGGCUGCUCUCAGCCCGUUAUUGUGCCUCGGCCUGUGCUCCACGCCACCAUCUUUUCUUCCCCCUUAAUCCCUACACCUCUCCUUCCCUUUGGCUCAUAUUUCUCUAUGUCAGCAAUGAGCUCUCUUCUGCUCCUCCUUUGUCUGUCUUGGCCUCUCAGCUCAGAGACUGUGUGGCUUUCUGUUUGAGCAACCUUGGGUUAUUUGGGAACAAAACUGGAGAUAACUGACAAUGCUGAGCUUUGUUUUAGCUGCAUUGAAGAGGAGAAGAGGAGAUUUUAAAACUGCUUAAACUGCUUGCAAAAGUAGGAGGGAAUGCCUUUCGCUGCUAGAGCUGGGCUGUGAGAUUGUUUUGGUUUGUUGCUAUGCAGCAGGAGAAAUAAGACUGAGUUUUGGCCACUAGCCCAGACUACACAGGAAUGUGUCUCCACUCUAUUCAGAGCAGAAAUUGGUUUUUUGUGUUGUUGUUUUUUGCUGUUAACUGUUUCCAUUGAGGAUGAAUAAUUUUAAAAUGUUGUCGAGAACUCUACAUUACAAUGAAUAAGUAUUUUGCUUGCAUGCCUGCAUGCUUAAUUGCCUGAAUGUAAUCAUACUUUCAAUAAAGCCUUUUAAAUUAUA